AUGUCUCUUUGUUAUGAACAUCAUCCUAACUCUUGUCAAAAGCAUGUGUAUCUAUUGGCUAUAAGAGUUUUGGCCUUUUUUGUCAUUGGUGUUAUUAUACUUGUUACACUGUUUGGAAAUCUUGUGGUGAUCAUAGCCAUAACUCAUUUCAAGCAGCUCCACACACCAACUAACUACCUCAUUCUCUCUCUGGCUGUAGCUGACCUGCUUGUAGGAGGGGUUGUGAUGCCUCCCAGCAUGCUGCGCUCUGUGGAGAGCUGCUGGUAUUUGGGGACUUUAUUCUAUCGAUAUUACGCAGUCUGUCACCCCCUUCUGUACCACAGUAUAAUGACCCCUAAUGCUACUGCAUUUAUGAUUGUUGUAUGUUGGACUGUAUCUGCUUUUGUAGGAUUUGGGAUGAUAUUUUUAGAGCUUGGUAUUCUGGGAGUUGAGGAUUAUUACUACAGUAAUGUUGCCUGUGAGGGGGGCUGUAUCUUGUUUCUGAGUAAAACAGCAAGUUCUGUGUUCACAAUGCUCUGUUUCUACAUCCCUGCUGUGAUCAUGAUCGGUUUAUACCUGAAAGUUUUCCAUAUUGCUCAGAGACAAGCAAGAUUAAUUCAGCAUGGCCAAAUGAAGUCUUCUCAGAGAGGUACAGCAGUGGGCAAGACGGAGAUAAAGGCUACCAAAACUUUGGCAGUUAUCGUAGGUGUAUUUCUUCUGUUUUGGUCCCCAUAUUUUAUCUGUGCUUUAAUUGAUCCAUAUAUUCAACAUACAGUUCCAUCAGUUUUAUUUGACUUCUUUGCUUGGAUUGGCUAUUUUAAUUCUACUUGCAAUCCCCUUGUGUAUGCAUUUUUUUAUAGCUGGUUCAGAAAAUCACUCAGAAUUAUUCUUUUAGGGAAAAUCUUUAAGCAAAAUUCAUUCAGAAUAAAACUGUUUUGA